AUGGGGACGAGUGGGAAUGGGAAGCUAAGCAAACUGAAAUGCAUGAUAAAGCGUUGGCAUUCAUCGAGCAAGAUCACGCGCUCCGCCGCAAGCGGGGGCAGCAGCGGCUCGUCCUCAAGGUCGCAGGACGACGACGCGUGGCACUCCGCAUCGUUCCAUGGCGACGAGGCCCCGCCCGCGCUUCGCGCGUUGUACGUCGGCAAGUCGCGGCGGCAGUACCUCAUCUGCUCCCACCUCGUCGACCACCCUCUCUUACGGGAACUGGUCGAGAGGACGGGAGGAGGGACCGGCGGUGGUGCCGAUGCCGGGACGGUGGUGGGUUGUGAGGUGGUGCUCUUCGAUCACUUGCUGUGGAUGCUGGAGAACGCCGAUCCCCAGCCCGACUCACUGGACGAGUUGGUGGACUUCUAUUCCUGCUGA